GUUCUGUAUCAUCUUCCUCAAAUAUACAUUUAUCAUUGCAGAAAACUUCGUUCCUUGCCUUCCAACUAGUAGUUGCCAAUUACGUGCCAUCCAUCUAUGCGAUAUCUCGAGAUAGGUGCCCGUCCUCGUAGCCUCGAACUUUUCGCAGCCUCACUUUAAGGCUAGAAAUCUUAGAUAUGUCAGAAAGUCCUCUUCCUUUUAGGAAACGUGGCAGACAAGAAGAAGACCAGGUGCUAGAUCUGCCGUCCAAUGCACAUCGCCAGAAAAUUCCUCGACUUUCGAACCCGACAGCGUCCUCUUCCAGCUCGAGCAACUCCGUUUCCUCAGCCCAGAUCACGGCUCCACCAAACCCACAGUCUCAAGUUGACCAUACAAAUCUUUGGCUUCGAGCGCUUGGAAACCUUUCAACCAAGGACCAAGAGCUCAUAUGGGGCCUUCAGCCUAGCCUAGACACCCGGCCGUUCUCCAAGAAUGGAGUUGAGGAACUGCUUGAUCUGACAAGACAAGUACUACAAAAGAGUGACGAGCGCUCUUGGAAAUUCACCUUCAGGGGAAAGGUGAUUAUUGCAAGAGAUGUACUGGCGAAGAUCGUUGUCUGGCUAAACAGGUUCAAAGACGUUGGCGAUGUUGCAGUCAACUUUGAUCCUGUUCAUGCUAGCUUACCAUGGGCUGGCAUAAGAUUCAUGUUCCAGGCGGCAAUCGGAGAGCAUGAGCAAAUGGGGGACUUGGUGAUAGCCAUCGAGAGGCUCACCUCCCUGAUCCACCGAGGCGCAAUCUAUGAAAGACUGUACCGACCUGCAACAAUACUCGGCGAUGUCAUUGGCCACCUUCACUCCGCUAUGGUUGAUUUGUAUUCCAUGAUACUUCGGAUCAUGAUUUUGUGUCGCCGAAUAUUCGCCAAGAACGCCGCAAAACGUGCUGUACAUGCGCUUUUUCACCCUGGUGAGAUCACCGGACUGCUUGACAAAUGCGAGGAGUUAGAGACUCGAGUCGAAUACGAGGCUCACAACUGCGAGCGGACACGAAGUCAGAGAGCAGAUGCAGAAGUCGAAAGGCUCCUUUCGAGACUACAGGAGCCCGUACUUCCAACUGACGAAAGAGUACUGAGUCUUCUUGAGACAGCGACAGAGCGUGAACGGCUAGAAGUCCUUGACUGGACUUCAAAAGUUCUCUAUGGUGCGAAUCAUCGAAGAGUGAGGGACAAGCGAACAACAAACACUUGCGAAUGGCUUCUUGCUCACCAGCUUUAUCACGAAUGGCAAGAGACAAGUGCUUCAACGAUUCUAUGGCUCUGCGGAAAUGCGGGAACAGGCAAAACCUUUCUCACCUCGAAAGUAAUUGACGAGAUUCGGACUGCCCUCGAAAAUCAGCCAAAUCAGGAAGCAUUUGCGUUCUUUUACUGCAACAGGAACGAAGCCGAUCGUCGAGAACCUCUAUCAGUACUCAGGGCUUUUGUACGACAGAUGUCCACGACAGCCACCGACAAAGGGUCCAUUCAAAAAAACCUCGAACAAUUCUAUCUUGAAAAUAGAAUUAAAGCUUCCGAGCCUACAAUGAAUGACUGCAAGAAGCUUCUUCUGGAAUUCAUCAACAUCUACCCUCGGACUACUCUCGUCUUGGAUGCCUGUGACGAAUGCGAGCGACACAAGCGGCUGGAAUUGAUGGAUAUAUUCGACCAGCUUCUUUCUGAAGCCUCCAAACCCGUAAAGAUAUUCGUUUCUAGUCGGCCUGAUGACGAUAUCAAGAAGAAACUAAAGGACCGAAGCAAUAUCCAGAUCAAUGCGAGGGACAAUCAUCAUGAUAUCACUAAGUUCGUGAACAGCGAAAUUGGCAAGCAUCCCAAUUGGCAUGUCAUGAGCCCUGAAAUACAAGCCCAAAUUGUCGAUACUCUGCAAGAAAGAAGUCAAGGAAUGUUUCAAUGGGCGUUCCUCCAAAUCAAGCAGCUCCUGGACCUUGACUUGGAAGAGGAUAUUCUAGAAAGAUUGGGGAAGCUUCCUGACGAUCUCAAACAAGCUUAUGAUGAAAUCUACCGAUCAAUGAGCAAGGCUGAAAAACGAAUCGCAGAUCGGGCAUUUCGAUGGGUCAUGUGCGCAUGCCAUCCACUUUCGACCAAAUUGCUACUCGCUGCAAUCUCUCAGGAUGAGAACAGCGAUCUCCUCAAACAUCUUGGUGGUCUUACCGAGAACUUGGUACUCAAGUACUGCCACAAUCUUCUCGUCAUUGACCCCGCUCGCGGAGUCUGGGUUCCCUCACACCUCUCUGUGAUUGAAUAUCUAGAAAAGCACCUUUGGAAUCUCAGCCAGGCUAGCUGCCUUGUAUCAAAUGUGUGUCUUUUGGUACUUCAAAAUACUACCUUAAACAAUCGGGAAAAGUGCUGGGGGGUGGUCGAAAUGGAUGAUCAGACUUGGUCUCCGAAAGAGAUCAACGACCCAGAUGAUCCACUCUCAGGGCAAAACCUCGGUUACCUCAGUUAUUACGCACGGCAUCACUGGCCAUUACACAUCCAAAGCUGCAAUGAUACUGAUACUAGCAGUAACAGUACUCGUCUCUCUAGCCGCCUCAAAGCAUUUCUUGGGUUACCAACAAACAGUAGUGCUGCAUAUAGGUGCUGGCACAGGAUGGUGGAAAUGGAUGUUUACAAUUACGCAGCGCCCGAUACCACUGUAUUUUACAGUAGCAACAAUUGUGAAGAUCUAAAUCCUGCUUCUAUGGCAAGUUUUGCAUAUUGUGCUUUUGGGCUCUCAGACAUUCUACCAGAUUGGUUUGACUUCGAUUGGGUGAACGAUGAGAUCAGGACACUCCAGGGUACGAGUUUUCUUGGGAUCGCAGCAUCUUCUGGAUCGAUUUCUACUUGCGAAACGCUCUUGGAACAUGGAGCGGAGGUAGAUACUCAAACUAGGUCUUACUUCGGAAGUGCAUUAGCUGCUGCUGCUUAUUGGGGUAAGGAAGAGGUGGUCGAGUUUUUGAUAAGAGAGGGAGGUGCAGAUAUCAAUAUGCAAUUGCAACAUGGGAUGUAUGGGAGUGCAUUAGCUGCUGCUGCUUAUUGGGGUAAGAAAGAGGUGGUCGAAAUUUUAAUAAGAGAGGGAGGUGCAAAUAUUAAUAUGCAAUUGCAACAUGGGAUAUAUGGGAGUGCGCUGGCAGCUGCUGUAAGCGGCCCAUACAUUGGCACAAGUGAAGUUAGGUAUUUAGUAAAAGAAGCGGGGGCAGAAGUAAACAUGCAGCUGGAGCAUGGGAACUAUUCGGAUGCUUUAGAAGCAGCGGAACGGAAUGGAAAUAGUAAGGCUACAAAAUGGCUGCUCAAAUAUAGAGAAAAGAGAGGAGAGGAGGCGAAGAGAAUCAGUGAGGAUAAUGAAAGGGAUGGGGAGGAAAGCGAUGGGGAGGAGGAAGAAGACGAGUGGGAGGCGUAUUAUCAGGGCGAAGAAAUAGAAGAAAGACAAACAUAAAGAUCAUUAAAUUUUGAUAGAUCCAAAAAGGUCAAA